UGCCAAUAUUGCUAUCCAAGUAUCCAAUCUCGGUUGCGUUAAGUUUGGGACUUUUGAUUCAUUUAAACUAUAUUUAAAGUGGAUAGCUAAAUAAGAAAUGGCAGACGCCGUGGUUGAAACAGCGCCAGGCGAAGACAAUGAUGAUAGCUGGUUGUAUGGGGAUGGUCCAGGGGAGUUAAGGGAGGGCAGUCCUUCCACUCUUAAUGAAAAGGUGCCGUUGGAGACCAGUCGAAACCCUGAUUUAGCUGACGAAGAUAAAGAAAAGGAUCAAGAGGACAAUGAAAAUGAAGCAGAUGACAAUGAUGAUUCUCAUUUCAAUGAUGAACAUUUUGCUGACGUGGGCAGGGAAGAGCAAGACAAGGCUAACGGAGAUGCUGCUAGUCCCGGCCACGCAGACUCGGACUCAGACGACAGUGAUGAUGUUAAAGUCACCAUUGGAGACAUAAAAUCGGGACCACAAGCUUAUGCAAGCUUGAACAUAAAACGUGGCGUGGGUCUGGUGGCGGCCGGGGCGGAGAAGGCGCGCGGGCCGACUCCGGGCAAGGUGACGCUCGACGACCUGGAGGGGCCCGGCAGCAUCAACGGCGUCCCGGCGCUCGAGUUCAACAUCGACACCAUCGAGGACAAGCCCUGGAACAAGCCGGGAGCCGACAUCUCGGAUUACUUCAACUACGGGUUCAACGAAGUGACGUGGAGUGCGUACUGCGAGCGGCAGCGGCGCAUGCGCGUGAACGAGGCGGGCGUGUCCCUGCUGCAGGGCGCGCCGCCGCGCCCGCCGCCGCCGUCCGAUCCGCACCGCGCCCGCCCUCCAGGCCCACCGAGAAACGACGAGAUGCAGCCACCGAUGGGUGGCAACUACCAAGUGCGGGAAAAUACUAUACAGGUGAUGACUGCGGAGCGGCGCGAGUACGGGCGCGCGCACCGCGACGCGCCGCCGCCGGACUACUUCGCGCCGCCGCCCGACCACUAUUUCGCGCCGCCGCACCAGCACCAGCACCAGCCUUACGAUGAGCCUUGGGGGCACUCAGAGCAGAGCGGAUGGGCGCCAAGUGACAUAAAGGAGCUGACACCUGGUCCGAUGGGUCCGCCGGCUAUGGGCCCACCGCCCGGCAUGGGCCCGCCGGGCGUCGGCGCGCCGCCGCCGCACCUGAUGGGCGCGCCGUUCGUGUCGCCGUACCGCGCGCACCCGCCGCACGCGCUGGAGCGCGCGCGCGACCGCGACCGAGAGCGCGACGAGCGCGACCGUCCACACCGCGACAGGAGAGACGACGAGGAAAGGGAACGGGAACGCGAGCGAUCUCGUUCUAUAAAACCGGAUAGGAUACGAGAAAAAUCAUAUAGACGCGAACGGUCACGGUCACGAUCUCGACGGCACAAGUCGCGCUCGCGCUCGCCGCGCCUGCGCGAGCGGUCGCGUGAGCGCGAGCGGGAGCGGGAGCGCGAGCGCGAGCGGGAGCGCGAGCGCGAGCGGGAGCGCGAGCGGUCCAGAGACAGGGAUAGGUCCCGGGACAGAGAAAGAAGUCUCAAGCCCAAACCAAAAGAAUCCAAGGAUAAAGAAGAAGAUAAAUAAAAUAGUGUAUGUUGAUCCUUCAAGCGGCAUGCCGCCACCUCGUGGUAUAUUCAGCAUUUGUUAAAUUUAUUAAUUCACAUAGAAUAUAAAUAAAAAAGUGAUUGAUGCCACUUGAAGUGUUAAGUAACAUAUAUUCACCUACUUCGUUUUGAAAGGACACCUACAUAACACCCAAUAGUCUGGAAAUUUCUCUUACUAUCGGGUGACCCAUUUCAUAAAAUAAAAUAUUCAAAUAUAAUAAA